AUGACGUCGAGUUUGUUAACGUCAAAGCUAGCUGUCGUUACUGGUAAAAGUCUUUGAAUUUUAAAGAAAUUUUAUCAAUUUUUCAGGCGGUGGCUCCGGAAUAGGAAAAGCGGUUUGCCAUGCGUUGGCUUCGCAAGGUGCCCGUGUCAUUAUAGCUGAUUUACAAGUUAAAUCCGCCGAAGAGACUUUGAAAGAGAUUGGAGCCGAAGGAAAUGCAGCUUUUGCCUGUGAUGUUUCCAAGGUUUCUUCUUGUUUUUUUUUUUUCUCUUGGAACUUUUUAUGAUUCAACAGGAAGAGAGCGUCAAAAGCCUCAAGGACUUUGCCAUUACCAAACUAGGAUCUUCGCCCUCAAUACUCGUCAACUGCGCUGGAAUCACAAAAGUUUGAAAGUGUCCAUGAAAAAUACCGUUUUCAAGGAUUCAACACUGUUGAAAAUGCCGAAAGCUAGCUGGGACGCGGUGAUCGGCGUCAAUUUGACUGGAAUUUAUUUAGUAGGUAAUUUUUCGGUUUUUUAAAAAUUAAGUUGGUUAUUUUCAGAUAACCCAAGCCUUCGCCAGGGCAUCAGUUGAGUCAGAGAAACCUUUGAGCGUUGUAAAUGUUUCUUCUAUUGUUGGAAAGGUAUGUCUUCAAUUUUAGGUUUGAUUUGUGAAAUAAAUAUUAGUUGUAGGUCGGAAAUUUUGGCCAAACGAAUUAUGCCGCUACAAAGGCCGGCGUGAUUGGAUUCACUAAAUCCGCGGCGAAGGAAUUGGCUCAAAAGGUUGGUUUUAAAAAUACUGUGACUUGAGUUUAACUGUGUUUUAUUAUUGAGGAACAUUUUUUGACGUUUUUUAACGAUAAACUUAUAACGCUUCACUAAAUGAAUUUUUUUUUGGCUGCGUAAUUUUUUUUUAUGAUAAAACAGGAUUUUUCUGUUAAUAGCCAAUCCCGCGCCAGCUUGUCACGAUUUUUUUUCUCCGAACGACAGAACCCUUCCCUUUGAUGUGCGCGGGCUGUCGUUGUGCAUGCGCCUUUAAUUUAGCCUUGAAGUUACAGUAAGAUAAAUUUUAGCCUUGAAGUUACAGUAAGAUUAAAAGGCGCAUGCACAGAAAUGUGCCGUGUGCAUUGAAGGGAAUCUUCCCGGAAGGGUUCUGUAGCUUAGGAAAAAUAAAAAGUGUGACAAGCUGGCGCGGAAUCGCCUUUAUAAGCUGUAAAAACGUUAUCAAAUAGGAUUUUCUCUAUUAUUUUCUAGUAGAAUUAAAAAAAGUUUCGCUAGUUAUUUUUUUACUGUUUUAAAUUUACUUCCACUUGUAAUAACCGAAUAAUUAUGGAGAGAAAAUAAAAAAUAAGCACGAAAAAAGGCAAAUAAAAUAAGAUGACGAGUGAGUCAAGACCUCAAAAAAAAGGAGAAGAAGCGUGAAAAGGGCGAACGGUCUUCCGCCCAGGAGAAAAUAGUGGGCAGAAAGAGGAGAUUUCUCUUUUUGCAACUCGCGAGCCUCAGCUUUUGUUUUUGUAAGGCGUGUUGGGACGUCGAUUGAUUGAAUUGCAAGAAUGAUAGAAAAUUUUUGGUUCGUUCGAACUUCAAAGUAUUUUUGGACUCACUAAUUAAAUAUUCUCGUGAAACAGAUAAUACUUUUAUUUGGCUCUUUUUGAAAUUUGGCUUUGAAAUAUACUAGAUUAAAAUGCUCAAAGUCGAACUUGGGCCGAAUUUUCAGAAACAACUUCUGUAUGGAUUGAAAAAAAUUACUUUUCUUUAGAGAUUUUUUAUGGUACGAAAUCUUGCUUAACCUGAAAUAGCAUUGAAAAAGUUUUUUUUUCAAAAGAAAGAUACUUUUUUUCUCGUUCUAAUCAUAUGAGGGUCUUGAAGAACAUUUGACUUAGAAAAAUAUGAGAAAAAAACAGUUUUCAAGAGUAUUUUGUAGAUUUUUUUGACCGGCUUAUUCUCAGUACCCUGUUACGCUCGGUAAUUUUUUUUAUUCUGCAAUAUGUAAUUUAGGACUUUUUUUUAGAGUUUAUUUUACAGAGUUUCAAAAUGAAUGAUUUUUUUCCAGGGAAUCCGAGUAAACGCCAUUCUUCCCGGGUUCAUUCAGACGCCCAUGACUGCCGCUAUGCCUGAGCAAGUCGGUUUCGAAAUUGAAUCGAUAGCUUUUUCAAAAUAAAAAAAUUUAUUGUAUGAUCUAUUAUUUGAAGGUAGGUAAAUUCAAAAAAAAAUGCAAGAGAUGCAAGUUUAAUUUGUAGACGUGCUUGAAGAAAACAGACUGGAGGGAGAUUUCAGCUCUUAAAAAAUGGUAACCAAGAUUUCUAGAUAUUUUCCGGUCUAUCGAUUGAAAGUACUACUUUUUGAAGAAAUUCAUGAAACUUGGAGAAGCUCAGAAACGAUUUUUUUUUGCUUUUUUGAUUAUUAGAAAGCAUCGUUUUGACGCUGGUUUUCAAAUUAUGGUUGAUGAACUCGUGGUCGCACGUAGAAUGGCUCGGAGCGUCGCGGCUGAGGAAUGGCAGUUUUGAAACGCGCCCGACUUGAAAAAGUUCGCGCCUGUGCUCAUAUAAUACACUCCGCGCGAGACGGUCACGUUUUAAAAGAACAGAAAAAAACCACCGAAAACAGAAACCUUUGCUCUACAAAACUGCUGAGAAACACAACAAAAAAAAAGAAGGUCUUGAAGCGAAAAUGUUCAAUUUGGUUACAAUUGGGUAUACGGUCUUUUUGGCGGAAAGACGUGACAGGGUUGCGUAGAAGGGCUAUAGGAAGCUAUAAGGAGAAGCUCCUUUUAAAUCGGUUCUGAGCUCGAAUCCGGUUAAAACGCUUCGAGCCAUUCAAAGUGCGACCAAAGCGUUAUAAACAAGCACUUUUUUGGGAAUUUUCAGGUACUGGCAAAAAUUUGCACAGGUAUCCCGAUGGGAAGGAUGGGCGAAGCGAAGGAAAUCGCCGACGGCGUCGUUUUCUUUGCCUCCGAUCUUUCCUCCUACAUCACCGGCACGACUUUGGAAAUCACUGGAGGACUUCAUAUGUGA